AUGUCGAUCAGUUCCUAUAUCCUGUCGGGCGUGAGCUCUUUGGUGGUGGUGACACUUUCACUUUUUGCCAUUGGUCAGAAAGUACCCCGCGCAGCCUUCUUCGCACGCUGUCUCGCCGCAUAUGGCUCCCUGCUCCUAAGUGCAACUUAUGGAGUCUUCGCGUCUAUCGUCCUCCGCCUUGCAGGCUACGGCCGAAUCUCGCAAUGGGCCACCGGCCGCAGCUUUAAGUGGGUGAUGCGCUUCACCACUGGUGUUUGCUUCGAUAUCGUUGAGGGCGAAGAGUACCUCUCCACUCGUCCCGCCGUCUUUGUUGGCAACCACCAGACUGAGCUCGACGUUCUCAUGCUCGGCAACGUCUUCCCACCCUACUGCAGUGUUACUGCCAAGAAGUCCCUGCGCAAUAUCCCCUUCCUUGGCUGGUUCAUGUGGCUAUCUCGCACUGUCUUCAUUGAUCGUGCGAACCGCGAAACUGCUAUGAAGGCCUUCGAUGGUGCAGUGGAUGAGAUGAAAAACCACAGUCAAAGUGUCUUCAUCUUUGCUGAAGGCACACGGAGCUACUCCGAUGAAGCUAUGCUUUUGCCAUUCAAGAAGGGUGCAUUCCACCUUGCCAUCAGGGCAGGUGUGCCUAUCGUUCCUGUUGUAACGGAAAAUUAUGCCCAUAUUAUGUCGCCUCGUGCCUGGCGGUUCAAUUCGGGCACUAUCAGGGUCAAAGUUCUUCCCCCCAUCGAAACCAAGAACAUGACCUCAGCGGAUGUUGAUCAACUCACUUUAUUGACACGCGACUCUAUGCUGGAGACCAUUCUGGAAAUGGCACAGCCCCAAGAAAACAAGGUUGAGUCACAGGCCAACGGCGUGUCAACCGCCAUCGAGAUUUAA